AACACCUUUGUUUUUUGCUCCUAUUGUUUGCCUGGACUAUAAAACCCCUCGGCCCUUUACAUUUUCACCAUGACCAUGGGCAGAACCAAGACGAAACGUCCGUCUCUGCCGCUCAAGUCCAAACUCAAGAAGGAUCCUGGGAUCCCAAAACUUCCGAGUCUGAAGGCCAAGAAUGAAGCGAAACAGAGAGUGCGAGCGACCCCCCAAGGAACCCAUAACCGAGAUAACGACUCCUACAUGGCAUCAGAGCCUACUCUUUCAUCUCUUGCUCAACUUGCGACAGAUGCCGAUACAGCCACCGUCCGGUUUCAGGGUAACGAAGAUUCGAAUUCCUCGGCUGGACCAUCAACAAAAACUAAAGAGCAGAUACGGAAGCAUUAUCUUCGCGCCCUUCAUAAAGUCAUCGAUGAGAGCGAUAUCAUAAUACUGGUACUUGAUGCACGAGACCCAGAAGGAUGUAGAAGUAGACUGGUAGAGGAAGAAGUUCGAAGGCGGGAAAGCGAAGGGAAGAAACUAGUAUUUGUGCUCAAUAAAGUCGAUCUUAUCCCAAAAGCUAACGCUCAGGCAUGGCUACAGCACCUACGGCAUUCCACCCCUACUCUUCCAUUCCUUUCUCCUUCAUCUGCGCAACAUCAACGAUCAAAUAUCUCUUCGUCAACUGCACCUGCGCUGCUCAAAUUGUUGAAAGCCUACAGGCCUAAAACUGGUAGCUUCACCAUCGGUGUAGUUGGAUACCCCAAUGUCGGAAAAAGUAGUCUCAUUAAUAGUUUGAAGAGAAACAAGGUUUGCGGUGUUGCAACCCAAGCAGGUUUUACGAAAGACGUCCAAUCGGUACAACUAGAACGUGGAAUACGAAUCAUCGAUUCUCCGGGUGUCAUCUUUGAUGACGACGACGACGAGGCCAAAGGCCAAAAGAAAGGGAGCGUACUACUCAGAAAUGUAGUCAAAGUCGAAGAUGUCGACGAUCCGAUAGCCGUUGUCGAAGAGAUUCUUUCUCGGACUGCAAAAGAGACAAUACAAAAAAUAUAUAAUCUACCAGGAUUCUCAUCGACUCUGGAGUUUCUCACUAUGCUUGCAUUAACCAGUGGGAGGUUGCUGAAAGGAGGAACACCAGACAUCACCUCGACCGCCAGACAGGUCAUAACCGAUUGGAACCACCAGAAAAUACCGUACUUUUCCGUUCCUCCCGAAAUCCACCCUUCAUCAAUACCUUCAAUGAUGGAAACAGGAUCAUAUGAAGCCAUUGUCGCACCCGGCGCUGAAAACGUCGGUCAAUCUCAAAUCGUGACUUCGUUCUCCAAGCCAUUCGAACUAGCAGGCCUAUUCGGUGCAGCCGACGCAAAAGCGUUCGAUGAAAGCACCGGAGACGUCGACAUGAAUCUAAACGCUGAAGUAUCCGAUAACGAAAUGUUUUGCGAUGCGAAGGAGACUUUAGAGCAAGGCAUGGACGAAGACUCAACAAUGCAGCAAGAAGACCCGUCCCGUCGCGUUUCACUCGGAAAACGCCCUCGUUCACCAACUUUCACCGCGAAUUCUCUAGGAGAAGAGCCUUUCCAGCGCAAACCCAAACGACAUCGUAAAUCGAAGACAAUCCCGUCCUAUGGCGAGGCACCAGAUGCACAUGUCCUAAAGAAUAUGGGUAGGAGUAAUCCACUCAAUAGAAGGAAUCUCAAGAAGGAGAUGAAGAAAGAAAGACGGAUUUCGGCCCUCAAGGCAAGGGCCGCUGGAGAAGGUAUGGAAGUAGAUGAUACAGGUGGAGGAUUAGGCACGACCUUCAUGGCUUCGUUUCCGCUUGUAUAGAUAGAGUAUUUGUGCAAUUGAUAUUUGCUUACAUAC